AUGGAUCUUGCACGUUAUUUCAGUUUACGACGGAAGACUACCGGCAGUCACAACAGUACUCACCCAGCGCAUGGAAAGGAUAGGACUUAUCUGCCCCUACUUGCAAGUCCCAUCAACGAAGAUGUCCUCGAAGUAGUGUCGGGUAACUCUUCAGAUUUGGAGAAGGUCAACACCCAUACAAGCACACUCGACGGUUCGAAUGACGCCACUACGUUUGCUGGGAAUGGCAGAACAAGUCGCGGAAAUAUCAUCAUUUACAAGCAACAUACUGAAGCCAGUACGAUAGAGCUCUUCUAUGAUCUCUUCUUCGUUGCGAAUCUUGCGUACUUUACAGCUAUGCAUCAGCAUACCGACGCAGAGUGUAUGUACAGCUCUAAAAACUUGGAUGCACUAGCUAACAGACUACUAGCACUCAUCAACUACAUCAAGCUCUUCACACUGAUGUGGUUUACCUGGCUAAGCGUCACACUUUUUGACGUGCGCUUCAGCAUCGACUGCGUAUGGAACCGCUUUCACAAAGCCAUACAAUUCGGCAUUUUCACGGGCUUUGUGUAUGCUGGACCGGUCUUCGACAAGUACAGCACCAGUGGUGUCGAGAAAUCGUACCGAAACUUUGCUAUCGUGCUCGUCAUCGGCAGAAUCGCAAUCGCUGUUCAAUACGCUGUGGUUAUGUGGCAAGGUCGCAUGUUCCGUCAAACAUUGAUCCCGUUAGGGCUCAGUGCAGGUGUACAUGCUGCUGCUGCGAUAUGCUAUGCCGUUACCAUGGUUGUAUUUCCCAAGGGCCGUGUUGGUCUUGAAGAACAACUCGCAUGGUAUGUAGUGCACUCCGCGUUCGGUUUCUAG